AUGUUAGAAAAGGAGAACAAGAAUGUCACCUCAAUUGAAAUCCGGGAAAGCAUUGAAGCACCGUGGGGAUUCCCGGAUUUGCAAAUGGAGGCGCUAAACAAAUUGGAGUACCUUGUACAGUUGCCGUUCUUGAGCCAAGUGGAAUUUACCGCAAUUCAAUGGCCCAGUUUGAAAGGUGUCGAGUACCCCGGAGCAUAUUUGGACGUAUAUUACAAAAUCAACAGAACGAAAUCCAGCGGAACUUGCAAAGAGUUUCUGAAAACAGUUAGUGUAGUUUAG